AUGCAUUAUGAUACACGUGGAGGAGUAACAACGUAUUCUGACAAUAUUAUUAGUAUGACAUCACCUAUUACAUCCGCAAUACCGACAAACCUUUCGCCUAGUAAUAAUAAUAAUAAUAAUAAUAAUAAUAAUAAUAAUAAUGUAACACAAAUUACUAGGACAGUAACUGCUUUGAAUACAACAUUUACUGGUACUACUACGACUAAUACUGUCACUAGUACUACAAUGACUACGUCUAAUACACCAUAUCAUACAAUAUUUAGAUCAAUUGCAAAUCAUCAAUUAUCCGGAUUAUUACCAUCAUCGAUUACAACAACAAUUCAAUCACAAAUGAAUGAAAAUUUAAGUACUGAUUUUACUAAACAUAAUAAAUUAAAAAAUAAUCAAUUAUCAAUGAAUUGGGAAAAUAUAAAAUCCACAUCAGAUUGGUCUAUACCAUCAAAUAUUGAUUCAUUAGAAUUAUCGAAUAGUUUACAAAAUCAAAAUCAAUCAAAAAAUCAAUUACAUGUUAAUCGAUUUUUUACACCAGGUAGAAGAAAAGAAUCACAUCGUUUAUUAACUAGAAAUAAUAAUACAGGACGUAAAUCUGCACCAGUUACUAGUUUAUUUAAUUGUCAUUUAGAUGUGAAUAAUCCUAUUUGUACUGUUACUAAUAUAAGUAACAAUAGUAAUAAUAAUGGUACUACUAUUACUACUACUACUAAUAAUAAUAACAACAAGGAAGAACAAUGGAAACGAUUUCAAUGUUCAGGUUGUGGUCAUCGAUCCAAUUGGAAAUGGGACAUAAAUAAACAUAUUAAAGUUGCACAUCCAGAACGUACAAACAUUAUAACAAUUACAUUAGAUUUAGAAGAUGCUAAAAGCACGUAUAAUGAAUAUAUGAAUCGAAUGAAAUUAUCACGUAAUCGAUAUUUAACUGAAACACAUUCCGAUAUAUCAACAAAUUCCAACCCAUGGAUAACUUGUGUUGGAUUGACUGGAACUACAAGUACUAGUACUACUACUGCUACUACCACGAUUACAACAACUACUGGUGAAGGUUAUUACAGACCAUUUAAAUGUUCUGUUUGUGGUCAUAGAAGUAAUUGGAAAUGGGAUGUCGGUAAACAUAUAAAACAAAUUCACAAUGGAAACGGAGAAGUACAGACAUUGAGUUUAGAAGAAGCUAGACGAACUAUACAUCAAUAUAAAAAUCGAAGACGUCAACAUCAUCAUCAAAAUCGUCUUAGUGAUUUAACAAUUAAAUGUGAACCAAGCUUUUGUAGUUCAUCUGAAUCAAAUGUUAAUCUAUCACCUAUAUCCUUAUCCGUUGGUGAAGGUAUUGUCGAUUUGCCUGUUUCAUCAACCUCUUCCUCUUCUUCCUCCUCCUCGUCAUCCUCAUCAUCUUCUUCAACAUCGAAACAAAUUUUGCAUAAAAAUGAUGAAGAAGUAAAAAUCGAUUAUACCAUUAAUAAUAAUAAUAAUCAUCGUCAUCAUCAAGAUAAUAAAUUUCCUUUAUCUUUUGAAUGUAGUCCACUUAAUUUAACUACUAAUAAUUUAAACCUAAUAAAAAUGACAAAAUCAUUAAAAUAUCAUAGGAAUAAAUCAAAAUCAUCUAUUCUUCAUAGAAAUAAUAGACUAUUCAUAAAAUUUGGAUGUAAAUUUUGUUCAAUUAAAUUAAAUUCAUGGAAAUCUAUCAUAUUCAUUAAUGAGUACCCCUUAAAAUAUUUCCCUGUAAGAUUACGAUUUAUCAAUGGAUCUACAAAUCAUAAUCAAAUUGAUUUAAAACCUUUAAAAUUUUUAAAACAUCAUUUUAAUAACUUAAAUCAACAAAUGAAUUCUAUAAAUAGAAGUAAAUUAAAAUAUUCAAAUGAGACAAUAUCUUGUGUUCAAUUAGAUCAAUACAAUAAUCAAUAUUCAACGGAAAACAAUAAUCAAUAUAUAAAUCAUAUAAAAAUCAAUUCAUCAUUUCCUAUAAAUAAAUCAAUAAAAUCGAAAUCGAUCACAAAUUUUAUUGAUUAUAAUUCAUUAAAAUAUAAUAAAAUUUUAAGAAAAUAUCAAUAUUUUAUUGAACGACAAUAUAAAUAUCAAAUGAAUAAUAAUUUUAAUCCAUUAUCAAAUAUAACACAAUUAAAAUCAAAUUCUUCUGAUUUAUUAUCAAUCAUUAAAAAUACUAAUCAUCCUGAGCAACAUCAUCCUCAUCAGCAACAACAUCAUCACCAAGAACAUCAUCAACAACACCAACAUCAUCAUCGACCAUUUCGUAAUUUAAUUAGUUCAAAUCAACAAAUUAAUAAUACAAAUAAAAUCAAUAUACAAAAUAAUUCAUUAAUUAAUCAAUAUAUUACUGAUAAUUAUCAAUCUAUCAAUAAAUCAAAUAAUAAUGGAACAAUUUUACAAUUAGCUCAUUUAUUAGAUGAAGAGGAGGAGGAGGUUAGUGAUAGGGGGAUUAAUAAAAAUAAUAUUGGAAAAAUGUUAAUAAAUCAAGAAAAUGAAAAAAAUAAACAUAAUUGGAAUAAUCAUAAUGUUAUUAAUCAUUUAACCGAUAUGAUACAUGAAACAGUAGAGAAAAAUGAAAAUUUUACUUAUACUAAUGAAUUAAUUAAUUCUAGUACAAGUUCUAAUGAAGAAAAUCAUGAAUUAAUAAAUAAUAAUAAUAAUAAUAACAAUAAUGAUAAUCUUGUUCUCGUGAAAAUAUGUGAUCAUCUGUUGAAAAAUCAAAUCACAUAUUACGAUUCAAUAAAUAAAAUUUUAAAACAUCCAGAAAUUGAAAAACGAUUUCUUCAUUUAGCAAAUUUACUACAUCAAGUAUCACAUGGAACUCAAUGA